CUCUCUGUCUGUCUUUCUGACUCUCUCUCUCCCUCUCUCUCUUUCUCUCUCUGUCUGUCUUUCUGACUCUCUCUCUCUCUCUCUCUCUCUUUCUCUCUGUCUGUCUUUCUGACUCUCUCUCUCUCUCUCUCUCUCUUUCUCUCUGUCUGUCUUUCUGUCUGUCUGUCUGUCUGCUGUCUGUCUGUUUGUCUCUGACAAUUUCUCUUCUUUAAAUCAGAUUUUAAACUUACUCCUAACCUACCCCUAACCACCCUGCUUACCUUAUGCAUAACCCAAACCUCAGAUGAAGACCCAAAAAGCACAUUUUUGUAGCCAUAUUUUGACUUUGUGGCUGUGGAAUCUGACUUUGUGGCUGUGUUAUUUAGUGGAACUCCUUCUCGUUCACUGAAGACAGCGACGUGAGCAGCGAAGGCCGCGUUAUGACUCCGUGACGCCCCCUGGUGUUCAGUAAAGAGAAACACUGUCAGCUGCAGAACAGGAUGACGUUUCAAACAUCAGGAAACGCCCACUUUAGUUUAUCGCACGUGUCAAUAAUGUUUGGUAUCAAGUGACCCCUUUGCGAGACGCGCGGAAGUCAAUUAACGGGAAUCGUUCUCCGGUGAGCAGAGUUUAGACUUUCAAGUAUCGCAGCUGAAGUUUGACGCAGAAUACAAGUCCCUUGUCUGUUUGAGGCCUCUGUGGUAAGAUGGAGUGGCGAGAACAGACCAGUGUGACCUGUGAAGACGCCUUCACUGAGGCUCAACGGUGGAUGGAGGAAGUGACAAAUAAAUCAUUCGGAAGCAACAACUUCCGCUCUGCUCUGGAGAAUGGAGUCCUGCUCUGCCAUCUAAUCAACCAGUUGAAACCAGGCCUUAUUAAGAGAGUGAACACGCUGUCUACUCCAAUGGCCGGACUGGACAAUGUGAAUGUGUUUCUGAGAGCGUGUGGUACACUCGGUCUACACGAGGCUCAGCUGUUUCAUCCUGGAGACCUGCAAGACCUGUCCACACGCGCUACACUCAGGUGUGCAGAGAGCAAAAGGAGGCUGAAAAACGUUCUAAUCACCAUCUACUGGCUGGGUCGGAAGGCCCAGGCGGAUCCCUUCUACUCUGGCCCUCAGCUCAACCUCAGAGCGUUCGAGGGACUACUGGGCAUCGCUCUGUCCAAGGCUCUAGAAGAAACCCCCAGAGGCAGUGUAACAGACAGGGACUACAGUGAUGUGAUCUACCCAGAGAGGGAUGAUGAGCUGCUGCCUCUAACCCGGUCCCAGACACCCGGCUACAGCAGAGAGGACUCCGUAGAGAGCUUUACCUCGGCCCUGAGCUUUGACUCGGCAGAGUCCCGUACCCUCAGCUGCAUCUCUGACUCCAUCCUGAGGGCCGGCAGCGAGGACUCCAGCAGUGACGUGGAGGCGGAGAACUCUUUUAGGAUGAAGGCGGCCGAAGGCAGAGAAUCGGGACUGAGGAACUGGGGCAACGUACCUGCACCCUUCCAGAGGAAGAAACAUGAGGAAAACCGAAUUAAGGGCUGCCUCCCGAGCCCCCUCACCAGAAACUUGGAGGUAAACCCAGGAUGGAUAUGGAGCAAAUCGUUGAAUGACAUCAGGCGGUUCCCGUCGCCUACGCAAGUAGUGCGCCAGGUUUCUGAGGGUGGCAUGGAGCUGAGCCCCGGCGCCGUGAGCCAAGACCAACUGCAGAUGGUCAGAGCCCGGGUCCACGAGAGUGAGGCCAAGUGGCACAACGACCUGACCAAGUGGAAGCUCCGGCGGCACAGGUCUAAUUGUGACCUGCGGAGGAAGAUGCAGGAGAGGGACAACAUCGUCCUGAUGGCCAACGCAGGGCUCAUUACAGUCGGGACAUUCAAGAGUCUGCAAGAGGACAGGGAAGAGGAUGAGGAGUCCCUAUGCAGCAAUGGCCACAAGGUCUCUCCGUCCACCUCGGUAAGUGAGGGUUCCCUGGAGCUCCGACCCCACACCAGAGCCCCCACCUCGGUAAGUGAGGGUUCCCUGGUGCUCCGACCCCACACCAGAGCUCCGCUGGCCCUCAGCUCCUCUGUGGAGUUACCCUACAGCCCCGGAGUGUCGGAACCCUUCACCGCCCCCAGCGUGACCCUCCAGGGACCCGGAGCCGUGCCCCAAUCAGAGCCCAUCGUCCUAGGGGGGACACCUGUGGAGCCAGAGGGAGCUGGAGGAUUAGCCACUUUCCCCAACUCUACCUCUCUCAUCUCCUCCCAGAUCCAGGCCCAGACCAUCUCUAGCCCAGCUCUCUUCAUCUCCACUGGACGAGACCACAACGUCUCCUUGCUCUCAAACGGGAUCCCGACGACCCUCCCUGGAUCUAGCUCCAGUCUUACUACUGGUACCAGUUCUUCUCUAACUACCUCUGACCCGGUGAAUGGUACCGGCUCCCACAGCCCCUCUGCCUCCAUGGACAUCCCAGACCACGCCCUCCUCUCUACUGUAGAGUCCCUGACCUCGGUGGGAGCCCCGGGCUAUGUCUCAGCUCCCCAGCAGCAGGAGCUUCCCCUCUACAGGUACAGCUCCAGGGCUCCGGGAGGAAGAGGAGGGGCAUCUGCCUCUCUCCCCAGGGGAUACCGCCGGUCUGAGGGCUCUUCGUCCUGCCUCUCUGCCGGCUUCACCCCCCGGCCGUUUGGAGCCAAGUCCUCCAGAGGGUCCUCGCUACCCAGGUUCUACAAUUUGGAGAAGACUGCUUCCACACGCCCCCAGAAAAUGGUCACUAUCUCAGAGGUCGCUGUCAGGGCUCAGCCCUGGGCCACAGCCAAUCGGAGCAGUGUGAACCAGGAAGUAGAGGAGGGUGGGAGUCAGACCCAGCCCUCCAUCCUGAAGACCAGAGGGGUUCCUGGACCUGCCACCCACCCCAAACCCUUACCCCCUUCUCUCCUGCCCAGCAUCCCUGUCUCAGUCAGACAGAAUGGCUCUGCACAGGUACGUCACAGUGACCGAGUGAGUCUUACCUUGAAGAUUAACAGUCGACCACACUUUGGUUUCAACACUCACUGGGACUCGACAGGAGCAAGAGUCGGAGGCAUCCAACCAGGUAGUCCUGCAGAGUUGUGCCAGCUCCGUGCAGGUGAUGAGAUAGUGUCUGUUGGUGGGCACAGGGUGGCAGAGAUGAGCCACAACCAGUGGAAGGGCAUGAUGACCUCUGCCCUGCAGAAAGGCAGUCUCACCAUGGAUGUACAGCGCUAUGGUAACAACGGUCCAACUGAUACCAGCGGAGAUGCAACGAUGGUGAAACUGGCCCAGAUCAACGGACAAGAGGGGGUGACCUCUAAGAGCAGGAAGGGAGGUUUUCAGGACGAUCCUCUGACUGGCCGAAGUAAAGGAGGAUCGGCGUCGGCGAUAUCUGAUCUCCAGGUGCCGUCCCUCAGCACCUCCCCCUCCAGUUGGUCCUGGGACCCUGAGGAAGAGAGGAGGAGGCAGGAGAAGUGGCAGGAGGAGCAGGAGCGCCUGCUACAGGAGAAGUACCGUCAGGACCAAGAGAGACUGGAUGCUGAGUGGCAACAGGCCCAGGACGAGGCAGGGGUGGAGGGAUACAGGCAGGCUGAGGUGACCCCUGAUCCUCUACCGUCCAGAUGCAUCGUGGGAUAUGUAGUCCCUUGUGUCAAAUCAUCCACACCGAACAUGGAAAGCUCAGGAGAGAUGACCAAUGGGAUCACUGGCCUUGCCAGUCCUCAGCCAGCCUUGAGCCAGCCCAUGCCCCCUGUUGCCCAUGUGGCAUCCAAUCAAAAGGAAGUUGUUUUUGACGGGAGAAGGGAGGAGCCUCAUCCUCAAGAAGGGAGGGACCUGGAAGAGGAGACUGUGGCAGAAGGAGAUAAUUGGUCUGGGGACUCCUAUGGUUUCACCCAACUAUCUAUAGCUGACAGGAUGAAAUCCAAGUCCUCCCCAUCGUUGGAGGGUUUCCACAGACAGGAGGUGAAAGGUCAGACUCUGCUGUUGACUGUCCCUCUGGUUAAUGAGUGGGGUCCCCAGGGAGACAGGGGCGCUACCAGGGAGGUCGCUAGGAGGAAGCCUCCUCAGAGCAUGUCGUUAGUAGAGGCUGAGAGGCAACAGAUCCUGGACGAGAUGAGGAAGAGGACCGCUCUGCUGACCGACAACAGCUGGAUACGACAACGCUCCACCUCUGACAACAAACAACCAACUAACCGGCGAGGGCCAAUGAGGAGGUACGACUCUCUGGACAACCUUCUCUCUUCCACCACACUGCUCUCUAACCCCCAACGCCCCCACUCCUCCCUGGGUUUCGCCGCCCCGUACCGCCCCCCCUCCUCCCGGCACAGCAUGAGUGUGGCCCUGGGGGGUUACUCCAACGGGACUCAGAAGCACAGCCCUACCUGGCCCCGCCCCUUCAGCACAUCUUCCCCCCCGCCCAACACCGGAGAGGAACCCGCCACCGGCGAAUCACGACCCGUCUCACAGCAGCACCACCGAGUGCUGACUUCUCGUCAGGUGUGUUCAGUGUGUGUGUGUCCUAUGGGCAGAGGGGCUGCCAUGGUCAUUGAGACCCUGAACCUCUGCUUCCACCUGGCCUGUUUUCAGUGUGUGGACUGCAGGUGCCGACUUGGAGGGUCAGAGGUCAGAGCCCAGAUCAGAAUCAGCAACGGGAAGCCUUACUGUGACCCCUGCUACAUCCGACUCAAGUCACACCUUGCCACUUCCCUGUGACCAGAAUGCAUUGCAGCAGAUUGAGGAAGAGACGACAACAACCUCAAACACGACGGUGGAGAUCUUGACUAUGACCUCGUGUUGACCAUGUAUUUAGAGCUGGUUGACCUUUCUUUUAGGGAACAAUGUACCGAUUUAUACUAUUGGCUGUGACUCAAAUGGCUUCCUAUUCCCUACAUAGUGCACUACUACCCAUAGGGCUCUGGUCAAAAGUAGUGCACUACUACCCAUAGGGCUCUGGUCAAAAGUAGUGCACUAUGUAGGGAAUAGGUGGCCUUUUGGGACAUGUCUCAAAGAUUCAGUUUUGGUCUUCCUAGUUAAUUAACUACUGUACUUCUCCACAUACCCUAUGUCUCUGACUUAGAUGCAGUUUUGGGGUUCCUAGUUAAUUAACCACUGUACAUCUCCACAUACCCUAUGUCUCUGACUAAGAUGCAGUUUUGGUGUUCCUAGUUAAUUAACUACUGUACAUGUCCGUAGCUUUUAAUAUGCAAUCGAUGGCUAUCCACCACAAUAGCUGGACACGUGUAGUUAAAUAGGGAGUUUUAAAUCACAGUUGGACUUGGGAUUUGUUUUUUCUUGUUUCUAAUAAAUGAAUCUAAUAAAUGUGAGUGUUGUAUUGGAGAUACUUCUCUCUUUGUUUUUUUUCUUUGUCGACAAAUUUCUACCUUAAAAAAUAGUUCGGUUUGUUGAAAUAUGUUAAGAUUUAUUUUUGUUUUUUCAUUUUUUGAGAUGUCUAAAAUAUUAGUAGCUCAAACAAGUGCUAGAAAAAGGGACUUCUCACAUGUUGAUGGAAACUCUGUGGUUGGUGGACUCUGGAAGCAGGGAGGCUUGUUGUAUGACUCACUGAUGUAUAAAGGGGCCUCGUUUAAAAGGAAUUUACCCUCUAAACUGUUUAAUGUUUGUAAAUAAAAAGGACCAGGUGUUGAGCAUUUAA